CCUAUAUGAAGCAUCGUUGCUCUCUCUUCAAUGACACUGUGUGUGUUCCCUGCCAGAAGGAUCACUACACUGAUAUCUGGCACCACAGCUCAGAGUGUGAGCGCUGUAAACAGGGCUGCAAACAAGAGAACGGUUUAGUUGUGGUGCAGAGCUGUUCCAGCAGCAGUCAGUUAGUCUGCGAUUGUAAACCAGGCCACUCCUGUGAAAUACCCACCCCUAGUGGCUCCUGCCUCAGCUGUGCUCCAAACACAGACAACCAGGUAACUCCCCCUCCUGAAAAAACGACUUCCUGUGGAAAUGGUACAUUCUUAAAUGGGUCUUCCGGCAUGUGUCAACAGCGUAAAAACUGUGUGGAGCUGGGGAAAGAGCUGGCUGUUGAAGGCAAUGCUACAGGAGACACUCUCUGCAUACAGAAGGAAAAACAAAAGCCAGAUCGAUUUUUAGAUUUUACUGUGCUGGUCACUGUCGUGGGGGCUGUCAUUGUGAUUUUUUUAGGGGUGAUCGUAAUGAUAUUAUCAAAGAAAAUAAAACUCCUUGGAUUCAAACAAGUUUUCAAAUCAUGCAAAACAAAAGAGAAAGAGGUUAUUAACGGCAUUGCACACGUCCAGGAGACUCAAACAGGUGGCCAGCUCUUAGCCAAUCGGACGGCUUCAGCAACAGAGAGCUCAAUCAAUCACGCAGCUACAGGCUUGCAGAAGGACCACCCCCAAGCAGGGCCUGAGGGAGGCGAUUGGUCCAGAGGGGCCUCACCACAAACAACCAAUCAGAGGGCAGACAGCCAGCCUACCAGAAACAGCACGCAUGCAGGUCCAACCAAUGGGCUGUUAGGUCCCCUGCAUAUCUAUAGCCCCGGCACAGUGUUUGUGGGGUUGAUAAACAAUGUCCCAGGGCGCUCGUGUGAAUCCAGGCAGGGAGGGGCUGCUCAGGGGGACAGCUUGGGAGGCAUGCUUCGAUUCCCUCAGCAGGAGCAGGGGCUGCUGAGCAGGGGAGAGGGGUGCCCCCUGCAGGAGGAGGGCAAGGAGAGCCAUCUGUCCAGAGAGGAGGGGCAGGGCUAGAGAUAAGAACAACAAAUAAGAAGCUUUUUACUGAAAGAAAAAAAAAACACAGAUUACGAAGGCUGUAUUUAUUUCACGGUUAUCAUGGAUUUCACCAUUUCCAUGAAAUGUACCCAUUGUCGUGUAAUAUGUAGUCCCCUGUGAAUAUUCCCAUUCAUGAAAUGUGCGGUUUUGAAAACAUAAGCUAUAGCAUAAAUCAUCUUUCAUUUUAUGAACUGAUAUGUGGUGCUGCUUUAGGUUAAAUUAUUUGUUACACUUCCUGAGUCAUUUCAGCUCAGCAUGUCAGUCAUUAGAGUUUGAACUAUGACACAAGAAGUGAUUCGGUACCAGGAAGCAGCAGCUACUUUUUGUCUGUAGUGUUGUCAGUAAGAUAAUCCAGAAAUAACUAAAUAACCCAAAGAAAUGUGCUUUAAAAGUAAACUAACACACAUAGCAAACAUGGCUUGUAUUGCAGUGUCAAACUGAGACCCUGUUAGUAAGUAUAAAUAAUAUUACUUGGUUAUAGUAAAAUUGUUAAUAUUAGUAUUUUGAAAUGAUAUAUGCAUAUUUUUACAUAUAAGUUUUGUCUCAAGAGAGACAACUUGCUAAAAUCUCGUUAUGUUAUACAUUUU